AAUAAACAAUAUAUUAUUGAAAUUCAAUUUUUUUAUUAACCUGAACAUAUAUUUGGUUCUUAUUUAUGUUUUUUUAUAAUUUGUAAAUAUAAUAAAUUAUUUUUUUAUUAAAUUUAUAUCAUUGACAAUUUUAAAAGUUUUUUUCAAUUAUUCAAUAAAGUGACGUAGUUUUCUAUCAAACAUUGUAUAAUUAUGUUAAGUAAAACAUAACUACAAUGGAUACUGAGUCUCUUCGAUCUCUACAUAGUGAGCAUAGCUUUAAGUCUAAAUACAAAACUCACUCUCUGAAAUCUAGUAGUCACCACCGAUCAAACAAUUACAAAACUUCAUCUAAAAUAAGCCGUAAGUAUUCAGACAACUUAAUAAAUACUUACGACACUACUAUGGCACCCUAUCAAACUACUGUCAUGUUAGAUGAUACUCGUGAUGGACAAGAUGUUGUUGAAGUUCAAAUUUUACCUCAAGAUGAAAAUUGGGGUGAAAACACUACAGCAAUUACAGGAAACACUUCAGUACAAUCUGGAUCAAUGGAAGAAAUGGGAGCAUUGUGGCAAGAUAUAGAACAAAAAAGUGGUUUUCCUAUUCUUUGCCACCGUUACAUAGCUACAGCUCUCACUGGUUCAUUAUCAAUUAUUGCAUUUAUUAGUCCCCUAGCCAUGCUAGUUUUACCAAAAUUAGGAUUUUUUAGUCCGGAAGUUACAAAUUUAAGUUUACAGCAAAGAGAAACACUUUUGAAUUGUGGUACUGAGUGCAAAGGAGUGCUAGUAUCAUUGACAUUUAAAAUGUUUUUGCUGGCUCUAGCAGCUUGGGCAAUAUUUUUACGGCCAUUAAGAGCAACCAUGCCUAGAAUUUAUGUAUUUAGAGCAAUGGUUUUGGCACUUGUAUCAAUUUGUUGUACUUCAUUUUGGCUUUUUUAUGUAGUACAAGUUACAGAAGGAGUUCGUGCAACCGCUACAGGAGAAGACCUACUUGAAUAUCGAGCAUUGGUUUCAUACGCUUCGUCUUUAUGUGAUUGUCUUUUAUGUAUUCAUUAUAUUGCUGUAGUUUUAAUGGAAAUAAGGCAUUUGCAACCAGCUUUUUAUUUAAAGGUUGUUAGAAGUCCCGAUGGAGAGUGUCAUACUUAUUCUAUUGGUCAAUUAAGCAUUCAGCGAGCAGCUGUUUGGGUUUUAGAACAAUAUUACACAGAUUUCUCAAUAUACAAUCCAUAUUUAGAACGUUUACCAGUUUCAAAAUCUAAAAAGAAUGCUUCGAGCUUUAAAUUUUAUGAUAUUGAAGGAAUUGCUAAUAAUACUCUUCAAAUGAGUCAUACUAAAGGUUCUAUAAAUGGACAUAUAAGACGUCGUGAUUCAAGUCACAAUGAAAGAUUUUAUGAAGAACAUGAUUAUGAAAGAAGAGUUAAGAAACGUAGAGCAAGAUUACUGACUGCAGCUGAAGAAGCCUUUACUCAUGUAAAACGCUCUCAUCAAGAUCCUGGUGGUGGUUCUGCAAUGGAUCCUUAUGAAGCAGCUCAAGCUGUUUUUCCAACUAUUGCUCGAUCACUUCAAAAAUAUUUAAGAGUUACGAGACAACAGCCAAGACACACUGUAGAAUCUAUUUUGUCACACUUAGCUUUAUGUUUAACUCAUGAUGCUUCCCCUAAAGCAUUUUUAGAACCUUACUUAAGUGCAGCUCCAGUAUUACAGAAUGAAAAAGAACAGAAAACAGUUCAGUCAUGGUCACUUAUUUGUAGUGAAUUAUUAACUAGGUCACUUAAAAAUGGUACAGUAUUCCAACUGAGGCAAAAUGAUUUAUCUCUUUUGUGUUCAGUGCAUACAUUGCCACAUUUCAGUAUUACAGAAGAAGUCAUUAACCCAAAAUCAAAUAGGUUUGUGUUGAGGUUAAAUUCUGAAACAUCUGUAUGAUUUUUAUCUUUUAUACUUUUUAAAAUAUAUUUAAUAAAUUAGUUGUAAAAUAUUCAUAAAGAUUAUAAUAUGAUAAAACCAUCUAGUCUUGGAUCAGUAUUUUUUUUUUUUGAAUAUGCCAAAAAUUUGAAUAUAUAUAUAAGAAAUAAAAAGACACUAUUAUUUUUCAUUUAAUUAUUUAUAGCAUGCUUUAAAAUUAUAAAAAUUAGUUUAAGUAUGAAUAAUGAAGAUAUGUUUUUUUUGUUUGAAAGUCUUAUUGAUAAGAAAAAAAAAUUACAAAUAUUUCUUUUACAAAUUGUCAAAAAUAUAGGUGUCAAUAUGUCAUUGU